AUGGGAAAGAAAGGCCUUCCCAAGUCUCUCCGAACGUAUCUCUCCAAACUCAAGAAGGUACCAGCUCAUCUGCACAUACCCAAUUCCCCACACCCUGCCACCGCCACCAGUUGGUUGUUGUCGGCGUGCAAGUAUCCCAAGACCCCUUCCUUCGCGGCCGGUCGAGACCACCCCGACGACGACGGCGGCCAUGGGCAUGAGCAUCGCCAUGACCACGGCCUCGACCUCGCCGCCACCCUCUCCGACGUCGACCGCUUCCUCCACGAGAACUUCAACUCCAUCUACCCGCGGGAGGACGACGGCGACGAGUUCUCCUCCUCCGAGCCCCCGGCCAGGUACGACGAGGACCCGCCGCCCACCGCGUUCCGCUCGUCCGAGCCCUUCUUCGUUUCCUCCGGCACGUCCAACUCACUCCUCGACGAGGCCCGGGCGAGCGCCACCUCGUCCUCGUUCUCCUCGUCGCCAUCGGUGUCGUGCUCCUUCCAGGAGUCGUCCGACGCAGGGGCGGAGGUCCCGGGCGGCGGCGUGGCGGUGAUGACGUUCUCCAAGGACCCCUACGACGACUUCCGCCGGUCCAUGCAGGACAUGGUGGAGGCGCGGCACGUGGACCCUAACCAGCCUUUGGACUGGGACUUCAUGGAGGAGCUCCUCUUCUGCUACCUGGAUCUCAACGAUCAUAGCGUCCAUAAGCACAUCUUGAGGGCCUUCACUGAACUCACCGCCAGCUUCCGCCGCCGUGUUAUGGUCCGGAGGCGUAGAGCACCGUCGGGUGGCAACGUGACGAGUAGGAGGAUGAUGAUGAGCAGGAGACCAGCCGACGCGGCCGGAGACGGGUGUAUGGUGGUGCCGCGUCAUUUUCCGCCAACCCGCUGACAUGGACUGAAACUAAUCACAGAGAGAGAGAGAGAGAGAGAGAGAG